UGCUAUUUGUGUAACACGCGACAGAAGAGAGCUCAGCAUGGUUGUCUCAUGGUACAGUUAUAUGUAUUCUUAUUAGUAAUUUUUUUUAAGGAAUGUAUUUUCAGAGAGCGAUAGAUAUAUAUUUUCCACAUAUAUAUAUUUAGUAUUUUGCGCCUUACCAUGAAUGUCACGGGUCUGCGUUGUCGCUAGAAAGCUUCAAAAUAAUGUAAACAUCUGAAGAAAUUAAUUAUUGCAAGUAAGUUCGUGCUCGGUGUAAUAUAGAAAAAAGCUUAGUGCUUUAUUAUUUAUUAGCUUAAUUUGAUAAAACCCUUAAGAUGUCUGAAGUUAAGCUGAAGAAACAUGUCGAAAAUAUUCAUAUUAAUGGUCAAUCCAAAAAUAAUAAAAAACAGAAACAUGAAAACAAUAAAAAAGCGUUCUUCUACGAUACAAAAACAGUUGUAAAGAAGAAAACGAAACCAGCAACUGUAAAGAGAAACAUUACACCCCCGACAAAAGUGGAGGAGUAUUCGUGCAACUGGAAGAAGUUACUGCAGACUCUUGCCGCAAAUCCUGAGAAGAAGAAUGAAGACACAAAACAGGCAAAAGAUGCAAACGUUAAAGGAAAGCAGCUUCAGAAGACGCCAUCAGUUUCCAGAGACUCUCAUACACUUCACUUGAAAAAACCUGCACGGACCGUCAGACCUGCUUCUGAGACAUCUGCAAGAGUAGAGAGAGAUGGAGACCAACAGAACGGAAACAACCCCACCGGACACAAGCAGUUCAAAGCAGAGAAGAGGAAAAGAAAGGAUGAAAAAGAGAAACCGGUGAACAAAAGGAAGAAAGUCGAGGAGGUGGAGAAUAAAACAGCAGAGCCUGAUCUCUGGUUUGAUGAUGUGGACCCUGAUGACAUCGAAGCCACCUUAGGGUCCGAGGCUGCAGACAUCGUACGAAAACGUAGCGGGAUGCUGAAGUCCAGCGCAGAAGUCGUAGAGCAAGUGCUGGUGAAAGAGCACGCGUUUGAGGGAUUGACCCGUGCUGUCGCUAUGGACUGUGAGAUGGUGGGUGUUGGCUGUGAUGGGGAGGACAGCAUUCUAGCGCGAGUCUCCAUCGUCAACCACUUUGGGAAAUGCAUCUACGAUAAAUAUGUCAAGCCCACGGAAAAGGUUACGGACUACAGGACGGCUGUUAGUGGAAUCAGACCGGCGGACAUCGAAAAGGGUGAGGACAUCAAGACAGUCCAGAGAGAAGUGGCUCAGAUUCUGGAAGGAAGAAUAUUAGUGGGACACGCCAUUUACAAUGACUUAAAGAUUUUGCUGCUGGAUCAUCCCAAGAAAAUGAUCAGAGACACACAGAAAUACAAACCAUUUAGGCAGAGAGUAAAGAGCGCACGUCCUGCAUUGCGUGUCUUAUGCAAAGAGAUUCUCAAUGUUAAAGUCCAGCAGGGUGAACAUUCAUCUGUUCAGGACGCUCAGGCCACUAUGAGGCUAUACACGCUGGUGAAGAAGCAGUGGGAGGCGGAUCUUAAAGCGGCCCGCGCCGGUCAAUAUAAGAAGAGCCCACGAAAACCUAAAACUCCUAAAAACCAGAGCAAAUGAAUUUCAAUCGGCCAAUAAAAAAAAAAACUAAUCGCAAAAAAUUCUAGACUGAAACAUGGAUCUGUGCAGGGAACUGUUUUAUCAACGUACAGUAACACUGUCUUCAGUUACGAUAUGAUGAACUGUGUUUAAUAUUCCUGUCUGAAUGUAUCUUGAAUUGUAUCUUCUGUUAUUUGAGGAAUGAGAGCAUCAGACCGUUCAGAUUAUCAGUGUUAUAUUGAGCUCUUUUAUACAGAGUAAUGUAAAUGUAUAUUUUGAUGUGACUGUUAUUGGAGAAUUUCAUAGUUUUCUAUCUGAACUGCUAUUAAAGACCCCACACGAUGA